AUGCGCUCCAAUGGUGCCGGGCACUUGGGGAAUGACACUUUUAUGGCUGUUAUACGUGACGACACAGACAAUAUGUUCCUUGUGACAAAAAAGUUGGUGGAGGAGCCCGUCACGUUGUACCCGUUGCCGCGUCGGGUGCGCUUUAAUCCACGUAGUGACAUCGCUUCUAUGGAUGCUGAAAUGUCAUCGGAGGCACCUCCGUUCACGAGGAUGAAGGAACGAGACGCGGCGACACCGCAUUCUCAGUUGGACAGCCCACAAGAAGAGGUGCGGUGCAGUUUUCAUACCUCCGCUGACGGAAAGCUGGUGGCUUUAAUAAGCACAGGUCGGCUGAAUCAUUAUCUGAUCGAUGUGCUGAGCGCCCGUGUCUGUGAGUUUAAGACAACGGCUGUUGUGACUGGCGUGGCGUGGCAUCCAACCAGCCCCAGGCGUCUUAUGCUCCUCUUGGCGACAGGAACGCUCCUCCUUCUUUUUGCCGGCACCACAGUCUUGGGGGUUGUUUUUCAAGACCAGCAGAAAGUUCAUCUCAGUGAGGUCGUUCUGGACUAUAAGUAUUAUAUCUUCAACGGCGACAACGUCGCCCCAACGGAUCAACUGGAGGAUCUGCGCGGCCGCAAGCGUGAGUCGCAGAUGUCAAAAACAACUCCCAAGGCAGUUGAGCACAAAGCCGCGGCGUUGAUUAAGAACCGCGAGGCAUCACCACCAGCAGCGACCCGAAGUAAUUCCUCAUCUUCAUCAUCAGAAUCUGCUGCCCAGGGAAGCAAAAUCUCCUUUGAAGAUAACAACGGGGAGGAACAGAAGGGAGAGCAAUGGAAAGAAGAGGAUAAUAUUCGGGGGAAAGACGUCAUUACGGAUAAUGAGACAGUGACAGAAACGCCAGCAGAUGCGGCUUUGGCGAUGGAAGGGGACAAAGAUCGAAACUCGUUGAUUGGAAUGUGCGUUGUUCCCCCGUCACUUAGUCUCCCCGUGAUGCUGUUGGUGCUCAACCGCGGUGGGGACGUCUUUUCCAUAAAAAUUGACGAAAGGGGCGUGCCGACGGCAUUGGUCAAGGAAUUCGAUGGUUGUGUCGAAACCCUUGUAGGCGGAGGUGAAGAACACCAGCAACAUCGCGAGACCGCUUCUUCCCCGUGUGUGCGUUACUUGCUGCGUGGCGGCAUCUCUGGUGUUGGAUACGCGGAGGAUCCUCUUGCCAUUGGCACAACGCUGCUGGACGAAGAUGUGGGUCGUCACGUGGUGUUUGUCAUUUACAGCAGUGGUGUACUCCGCGGUGGAUGGUUCAGUGAGCCGGAUCUUCUUUGCCGCGAUCUCAUGCGGCGGCAGAUGGACUUCGCAAUACGCCUCGAUGCCGCAUUUUCGCCCUCUUUAUCGCUGCCGUGUUUUCCAUCCGUAGCGCACUUCGUUGGCGUGCACUCAUGCAGAAAUGCAACUCUUAUCCGCUACAAUGAAAGCGCAUACCUGUGUGUGUGGCCAACGUGGUCGCGCAAGGCCGCAGGUUGGGUGUACCGCGAGGAGGAUCAAGAGGGCUGUUUGCGGGUGCCGGUGGCCAGCCAAAGCGCCGUCAUGCCGGAGCCUGUUGUUCUUCGACUCCCGUAUAAUGUUAACGGGAAAAGCGUCGCAGUUGGUGCCAACGACAUUCUCAUUUUUCCGGAAACCACCGCUGCCGUUCCUUUGGAGGGAAAUGCGUGCCCACGUUUGAAGGCGGUUAUUGCAAAGAUAGCCAACCUACUGCUGGCAGCGAUUUAUGCCAGAAGCGAAAAGUAUAAUUUGACGUUUGACACAGUCACAACUGCGACCCAUGAGAAGAAGAAUAAAAAAAAGCAGAGCCCGGAGCGUGAGUGCUUGGAGCGGCUCUUGGAACUUACUGCGGAAAGUUAUAGGCGCUGGUUGUGCGGCUAUCCACAUGAGGCCAAAGACAGUAUCAAUGUUGAAUUGGCCAAAGGAGUGCAAGCCGCCCAUGGUGAUUUCUUGGCCCGCCAGAAUGCGUUAGAGAAGCGGGAAGAAGAACUUACCACACGUGUACAGAGGCUAUUGCAAAAACAGAAAGAGUUGUCGAAAGGCAUUGUUCACUCGCAGGGCAUCAUUCGGGAUGCGGUGUUGCAUCGAUUUGGGGUGGACGCCCUUUAUGGAGCCAACGAUGCUCUGGGGAAGACCCAUAAGCUCUUAAACGAGCUGGAAUCGCUUGCCGCCGUUCGAGGCAAGGAGAAACGGAAGGCGGAAACGUCUUUAUUGGUGUAG